AUGUGCGAUGGCAGGAUUCUCGCGUCGGAGCUGAACCGUGUCUACCCCCAGCUGUCCCGAACGGACGUCGAGUCCCGAAUUGGCUCCAUCCCCUAUCGCGCACUCGACAUCCAAUUCGAGAUAUCGCGUCAGCCCGAGAAGAGUCUCGACUGUGGUGUUUACGUCGGCAUGUACCUCCACUUGCACGUUACCACCAACUUCCAACACCUCGGCGGACCAAUCGCAUUCACCACUGCACCCCUGCGUUACCGUCGCGACUGGCGGGCUGACAUGUGCGCCUACAUAUCUGGCAAUUUGUUAUCUGCCCUUCAAACAGCUGGCCUCACCCUUCCCCCACAGAAGCUCAGCCGUGCAGGUGCCAUGCCAACCGGUGGCGACGUCUCGGAGAUGAGCGGUGUCGUCCGCGAGACGAGCUCCGACGUGCAGACCCUGAAGAAGGAAGUCGCCGCGCUGCGCGCAGACUAUGCCGAGCUGCAGUCAAAGUUCACCAGUGUGAGCCAGCAACUGUUUAAGCGCGUCGGGGCAAUGGAGAAGGCUCAGGACACUGCGAAGACCUUAGAGGGCCCGCAUGGUGCGCAUGGCCCCGGUGACAAGGCAUCUCCAUCCAAGCGGGUGGACUCUAGUCCCGACCCGGGGCUCAGAGACACCGCGGCCUCCCCCCUUGCAGGAUUCCGGCAUGCAUCGCGGAUUGGGGCCGACCAAGACGCAGCUCCGCCGCAGCAGCUCCACGGUGAGCCAGGGUACGCACCUGCCUCACCGUCACCCGGCCCCGCUCUUGCACAGCCUCAUCAGCCUACCGUGCCACCGGGGCGGGACGCGACAUACUAUCGUCCGGGCACAUCCCGCGCUGCCCCGCCGCAGAGACCGAUCGCUCCACUCCCACCUGCGCCUCCCCUGUCAGGUCCCGUAUACCCAGGGUUCUCUGCCGGGCCACCUUAUGCUCCACCGCCCGGGAUGCCCUUCUUCUGGCAAGGAGGACCCCCGCAGCCCGCACCCCCCCCGCAGCAGUCGUUCCAACCGCCCGCCAUCCCGAGUAUGAGUGCCGCGGGUGAAGGCGGCGGGGAGUGGAUGCACGACGCUGGAGGCGAGGUUGGUGUGUGCGGGGCUACAAAUGAUGGCUACAACGGCGGACGUCCCAGGAACAAGUACGUAGGUGUUACCGCGCAGGGAGAUGUUUGGGUUGCCAAGCUGUUGAUGCCGCCCCCAGGCAACCCCAUACGCAUGGGCCCUUUCCCGAGCGAGGAGGAGGCAGCCAAGGGAUACAAGGCUGCCGCACUGGUGGUAAGGCCGCAGGGUUAUCGCAUCCAGCGCAGUAUUGAACUGACCCCGUCGGAGCACCAGCUGCUCAAAGGGUGCACCAAGCAGCACGUGAUGAGCCUCGCCGAGCGUGGCCUCUGGCAUAGGUGGCGCGAAUGGCGCCAGCUCAUGCCGGAGCUUCCCCCGGCUCCACUGCUACAGGUUCCGCACGCCCCCACCAUACUGCCCGCGCACGCAAGCACAGCCGAGCAGCAGCGUUGCCACACAACCCCCGGGCAUGGGCCACUCACGACCGCAUAG